AUGUAUAUAGACAGUAUUCAAGAGUCAGACUCAAGGAUUUCUGAAAAUGUAUAAUGCAUAGGUCCAUAUAUACAUUAAUAAUCAACAAGAUAAUAUUAAAAAAGAUAAUAUUCUCUAACAUCCAUGCCUUCUGAUCCAAUAGAUGAUAUCAAUUAAAAUAAAAAUGAUUAGAUAAUUUCUGAUUAACGUAAACUUAAAUUUAUAAAACAAAAAGAGAGUUUAAGAAGGUUUUAAACAAAAAAUCAUGUAAACUCAAAUUUUUUGAAUUUUAGAAUUCACCUAUUUUAUCAAGACAAGUUACUAAAAAACCUAAUGGAAAUAUUCAUUAAUAAGUUUCUCAUUCCGUAUUUGCAGCUAAGACAUAAAUGAAGAAAUUUUUAGGCUUGUUACUUAAAAAUAGAUACAUUAAAAAAUUUGCUUAAAAUUUAUUCUUAAAAUCAUAUGUGCUUCCAACUAGUAAAAAAAAUCUUUUAUUAACAGAAUGCUAUUUAUAAGAAAAUUAAUUUUAAAAUGAAUUAGGUACAGUAUAAUAAAAAAUUAGGUAGAUAAAAAGAGCUAAAAAAUAAGUGGGUAUUUAUUCUAACCAGGUUCAAAUUUUAUAAUAGUUUUUGAUACCUACAUAAUCCUCAUUUAUUUAUUUAGUUUAUGGCUAAGUCCAUUUUUAACUAGUUUUACUCCAGAUCAUGAUGAAAUAGCUCAAACAUCUAUAUUAAUUAUAUUAGGAUUGGCUUUAGAAAUUUUUAUUUCACUUAAUAGAGCUCUAAUAAUUUAGGGUGAAAUUAUAGAAGAUCGUAAGACGAUAAUAAAAUAAUAUGUGACCCAAUAAUUAUUUUAUGAUAUAUUAAUGAUAAGCAUAUGGAUACUCUAUUUUCUUUAAUUUUAUAGAAUUUAUGUUAUUAAUGAAAUUUUAGGUAUAUUAUCUAGUUUAAUAACUAUAAAAAAAUUGGCAAAAAAUUAUUUUGGAUAUAUUGAAUAUCUUUAUUUAAAAGGAGGUGUGAAUAGUUUAGUUGAUCUUGUUACUCUAAUUAUAUUAAUUUGCUUUUAUGCUCACUUUAUGGCUAGUAUCUGGCAUUAUAUAGGGUCACUUAAUAAUUUAUUUGAAAACACAUGGUUAAUAAAAUAUAAUAUAAUUGAUUAAUCAAUAUGGCAUAGAUAUAAUUAUUCAUUCUAUUGGGCAACUGUCACUAUGGUAACAAUUGGUUAUGGUGAUAUUACACCUUAAAAUUAAAUAGAAAUAAUUUUUUCAAGCAUUAUGAUAUUGAUUUCAAGUUGUGUUUAUGCAUAUCUGAUGAAUUCUAUUGGAAUACUUGUAAAACACAUGAAUGAUACAAAAUUUAAAUACCGAAAGUAGAUGGCAAUAGUGAGUUCAUACAUGAGGAAAAAUAAUGUUAAUUCAUAAAUAUAAGCUAGAGUGAAAAAUUUUUUGUAACUUAAUAUUUAAAAUGAUAAAAAUGAAAAUACAGAAGAAUUAGAAUCUUUAUUUUAAACAUUUCCUUAGAGUCUAAAAGCAGAUAUGUUAAAUAAUAUUUAAAAUAAUUUGAUAAAUAAGAUAAUGUUUUUAAAAUAGAAUUUUAGCAAAAAAUGUUUAAAGCAACUUUCUAAAAAAAUAAUUAAAUUUUAAGCUGUUCCUGAAGAUUGCAUAUAUAAAUAAAAUGAUUAAAAUGAAAAAAAUUUGUAAGUUUUUAUUAAUAUAUUAGAUACUUUUUAAUAGAAGGUAGUGUAGAGUUAUAGGAGGAUAGAACAAAAAAAUCUUUGUAAAUAUUGAAGAAAGGUGAUUGUUUUGGUGAAUAUUAAUUUUUUACUGGAUUUCCUCCAAAAGUAAGUGUUAUAUCAAAAGGUUAUUCAGAAAUUUGUAAAAUAAGUAGAGAUAAUUUAUUAGAAUAAUUACCUAAAUUUUAAAAAGAUGCUGAGAGAUUUCAUCAUAUAAAAGAUUCUAUAUUAUUCGAAAAUAGUUUCUUCAAAAUCUUUUUAUAAUGCCAUUUAUGUGGAUAAUAUAAUCAUUAGAUUAUUGAUUGUGGCAUGUUAUAAUAUAAACCAGAUUUAGAGUAAAGAUUAAAGAAGUCAUUUUACAAUUCAAAAUAAAAUAGAUCAUAAUGGAUUAGAAAAUAAUUGAAAUGUAAUUCUUUAAUAGCAUAAUCUAUUGUAGCCGAAUCUAUAUAAACAUAUUAAUAAGUUAUUGAAGAAUAGAUUGUUUAAAAUGAAAAAAUUGAUACAAUUGGUGAAUAAGAUUAAACAUAAACAAAAUUAAUUGUUCAAGAAACUCAAGAAAAUAUGGUAUAAAAAUCAUAAAAUAAAAUAAUAAUGUCUUAGCAAUAAUCAUUAUAGGAUAGCAAAUAAUAUUUAUCUGGUUCUUUUUAAAAAUAUUCUAAAAAUAUGAAAUAGAAUACUAUUUAAAUAAUAGAAAGAAAUUCAUUUAUGGAAUUAUAAUAAUAACCAUAAGUAUUGAAAUAAAAAUCAGAUGAAUCUUAUUUUGAAUCUUAUUUUGAGUCUUUGAGUAUCCCAUUGUUAUUCCAUUAAAAUAAUAUUGAUCAAAUGUAAAAUUAUCGUUAUUAUUAUUCUGGACAUAAUUCAACAGAUAUUAUUAAAAUGUACAAUAAUAUUUAAAAUAAUAAAUAUAAAGGAUAAUCAGCUUUAAAUGAACUGAAGAAAUUAUACAAUAAAUACACAUUUAAUUAAUCAUUAAUCAAUAUUUUGAUUAAAACUAAAAAAAUAUGA